AUGGUGUUUGGUUUUGCUAAAAGAGAUAGGAGGGUGCCAGACUUGUCCAGGUACGAUUACUACUAUCAGAACCAUGAAGAUUAUAACAAAAGUUCUCAGUUGUCUGCUGCAGCUGCCUCUGCUGCUUCUGCCGCAUCACCGGAUCGAAUCAGUUACUCAAGGUCGCGUUCGUUGGUGAGCCAUGCACCCCCAAUAUCGAAACAAAGAAGCUCAGUGAAAUCGACAGGGAGAAGGCUUUCCGCGUCUUCUGCAGUUCCGCCAUCAUCCAAGGUGGCAGCUAAGCAGUGCUCGCAAAAGACGUACUCGCUAAGGUCGCAGAGAAGUGGGGAAUAUCAUUUACAUCCACCCUGUCAUACCAGUAAUGGAAGCCGCAUGAACUCAAUGACAUCAGGCACUAAUGUCAGAAAAAAUUACGGCAAGAUCAAGGCCGCGGUUGGUAACAGCACUGAUUCAAGAGCUAACUCCAUUACCGUUAAGACUACGCAGGUGACAGACCCGUCAGGAAGGACUCAAUCGAUUACGAAAAAGACAAUAAAGAAAAUAAAUGGGUAUGAAUAUGUAGAAACAACCACUACGACUAAGAAUCUAGUUCCAUUGGGGGAUUCGCAACGUCACUUCGAUGAAUUCAGUGAAAAUUACAUGCUACAAGAUGACGACAUCAUAGAGGAACAAGCCAGUGAUAAUAUCCAUGAUAUAAUGGAGGAAAAUGAGACGGAUAACGAAAAUUUAUAUUAUUCAACUAACAAUAAUCGUGUACCAGAUGAUUCUGAAGUAAGGGUGGAAAAACCAGAUUUCCCGCCUGGAUCGUAUUUUCAUCAUAAGUAUUCUACGGACGUUAUGCCCCUUGAAGAAGAAAGCAGUUUAUCCAACUUCAGUGAUGCAUUAGAUUAUAUUCCUCCCACCAAUCAACCCAGUAAUAAAUAUAUUCAUAAUAAAAGGAAGCAAGCAUCGACGACAAGAAGGAAGAAAAGACAGCCUGUGGGUAAAAAUUUAGAAACAGAGGCAAAGAAACCCUUAACCGAGGCAGAAAUGUAUUUGAAGGCCCUAGAAGUUGCCAAAAGAAACGUUUACCACACGGAUGCUCCAUCGAGUAAUGUAUCGACCCCACUUGGAAGCAACAAAUACAGGAAAAGUAAGAUGGGCCAAAAUAUGACACUGAGAGGUGGUAAUGAUUCUCCCACAAACACAACUCAACCUGUUAAAUCUGAUGUAGAGGUACAACCCAAAAGGUUUACGAGCGCUCUUUUCCAUAGGAAUAAUAAGGGCAGUGGCCACUCGGUCAUUGCACAUUCACAUUUGGAAAACGUGGUGGCGCCAGUGCCAGAACCCCGAAAUGCAAAUCCGGCGCUAACAGAUAAAGAGAUGUACGAUCAAGCUUUGAAAAUUGCACAAGCUAGAUAUUACAAUUCCCAUGGCAUUCAACCUGAAACGGCCAAUAAUAUCCAUGUGGCGGCUAAACCUAGUCAUAGCGACGUUGGUCUUUCUGUAUCCACUAGAGAUGUUUCCCUUAAUAAACAUUGUUUAGAGGAUUUGGAAAUUCCAGUCCAGAGUGAAGUGCAUGAAUACGAGCCUGUUCCAUUGCAAAAGACAAAAACAGGAGGCUCUUCCAAGAAUAAGUUUAAGACCAUGUUCGAUAAGGUGCUACAGUUUUCUCAAGAAAAUUACGGUUAUCAGCACAAGAGGGACCAAACCCCACAAGCUCCAGUCGAUCAGAACCCUGAAGAAGAUGUCCGGGCUACGUCCACUUCGGAAGGUGUGUCUAUGGCAAGGUCUUCUUCAGACCGUGGCGUAACAACGAAUCCAGAUACUGCAGAUUCACCUUCGUACUCAAAUGGACAAAGUCAGAGCAACAUGCCAGCCCCUGAAGUAGAGUCGACAAUGAGAACGAGGUCACCAGAACAACAAGAAACUAUAAAGUCUUCUUCGCUUUUACAGGACCAAACCCCACAGCGUCAAGAAAACGCCACGGAUCCCACAACAUCCUCGACAACAAAUGAAUUGUCCAUCGUCGAGCCGACCACAUCACCUACCAUACAUACUGAUACCCCUGUCGUGCCCCAACCAGCAAUGGUCACCACAACAAAUAUUACUAAGACAAUACAGGCUGAUGCUAUUCCCACGAAGCACAAAAAGUCCAGUUUUUUCACUAAGCUAUUUAAGAAAAAAAGUAGCCGUUAG